AUGAGUUCAACUACAAUCCCUGAGUGGGUGAGAAAGUUGGUGGGCGAGCAUGGCGGCAGUGACCCCUGGUUCAUAACGACCAAAACCCUCACGAGUUCCGACCGCAAUUUUCGGAACCAGAACCGCCUCCUCAUCCCCUCUCAAGAUGUGAACGACAACCUGAUCCCAAUGCUCUCUGAGGCCGAGAAGACUGCUGCCAGCCUUCACCCCACGUCAAGGAGGAUAAGCAGUAAUGAUCGUGCUCAAGGAAGGGAGCAUGGAGGGCUGGAUGUAUACGUGUGCUCUCGUAACGGGUAUCACUGGAACUUGAAGCUCACCUGCUGGGACACCACUAGAUCCACUGUGAUAAAAGGUCAGGAUUAUAAGGCCUUCAUGAUCUUUGGUACCCUUCAGGUGAACGAUAAGGUGGAGUUGUGGGGCUUCCGGCAAGGCGAGGAGGGGAAGCUGUGCUUUGCGCUUGGCAAGAAGACAGUGAGCUGA